AUGAACUACGAAAAGCGAUUCCUCACCGCAUGCGCCUGCUUCAAGUCCACUCUAUUCGAAGAGUUCCGGUUCCUUGGACUUGGAGACGGCCUCCGCCCCGAAGUCAUUCCAGUGCUCUACAAAUUGGCGCGGCUGCUCGAGGCCAUCUUUGUCCUGGGUGAAGAGAUGGCACGGGCAUGUCCGCGUUGUCGCACCGUCCGUAAUAGACCUGCAAACCACUUCUCGGCUGAGUUCGAGCGCUUGUGUUGUGACCGCAUCAUGGCACCCUUGACGAAAGCCAUUGCUGACCUUGAAGCUGACGAGAUGUCCGCAGAGCCACAGGCGAGCGUUGACUUUAUUGUAGCUUCGGAUUUGGAUGAUAUUCGUCCCAGUACCAUCUUGCUCUCUAGUGAGCCGCUGCCUCUGGAUAUGGGUCCCUGUGUUUGCCUUCAAAGCCAUUCUCGCCCGUGA